GCAAAUGCUUAUAGACAAGCAUAUACCAAUAAAGUAUAAUACAAAUUCGCAGUCCAUUUAGGAUAUAGAAUUGUGCAUAGCAUUUAUAACGGUCAAUGUAUACUGGAACGCGAAAUGGUGGAUGGACAUUGAUGAGCUCUGAUCUGUGCCUGCAAAAGGUUCCAUGGUCAUUAAAGAUAAGAACAAAGGGAGGCUAAGAAGGAGCUGUGUAGUGAGGAAUUGUCAAUCAGAAAGAACAUAAAGCCACUUAUAUGGGGCAUUAAACAAACACCUCCCAUGCCUCCCUCACCGUAGUGAGAUUCUGCUGAGGAUUAUGAGGCAGAGCCUGGAAUUAAACAAGUACGAAAGGAUUAGUAAAUGGGCAAGACAACUGCUUUUGAGGUAAAACUCUGUUAAAAUGCUCCUCGUUCAUCUCGCCCACUUGGAAUCCCCUGCUGACCAAGGGGACUAGGGGAGCAUUUAAUCUUCGCCUUCCCCUUGCUUGCUGUAUCCGAGGCCCCUUGCCGGUUUGAGCCACAGUGGUGCGAUAGCCAAAGAUUGGAUCUUGCAGAGAAUAGCGAACAGUUUGAAACUCCAUAGAACAAUUGGAAGACUCGAGGGAGAUUUGGAUACAGGGAAGAAAUGGCAGCCAAGAAAGCUUGCUCCAGUGGCCAAGCAUGGUUCUGCACUACUGGUUUGCCUACUGAUAUUGUGAUCGAGGUUGAUGAGUUGAGCUUUCAUCUGCACAAGUUUCCUUUGAUGUCCAAAAGUAGAAAGCUUCACCAGUUGAUCGCGGAGAGACAUCAGAACAACGCAGCAGGUGGAGAGGAAGAUGAGAUCGAAGUAGACGAGGACUUCCAACGCAUUGCGCUACCGGACUGCCCCGGCGGAGCAGAGAUAUUCGAGGCCGCCGCCAAAUUCUGCUACGGAGUCAAGGUCGAGAUCACUGCCAGCAACGUCGCCGCCGUCCGCUGCGCCGCUGAGUAUCUCGAGAUGACGGAGGAGUUCGCGGAGGAGAACCUCGUCUCUAGGACGGAGCGGUUCUUUGCCCAGUCGGUGCUCCGGAGCCUGAGAGACUCGAUUAAAGCCCUCAAGGCCUGCGAGAAUCUGCUCCCUAUGGCCGAAGAUCUCGGCCUGGUCCAGCGGUGCGUCGAUUCCAUUACUGCUUACGCGUCCGCCGACGCCAAUCUUAGCUCCCUUUUCGACUGGCCCGUCUCCGACGGCGGCAGCCGAAGGACAGAGACAACAAAACUCUCCCACUCCGCAGUCCCCGCCCUAUGGAACGGGAUUCGGCGCAAUGGCGUCCGCUCAUCCGGCGUGACAUCUGCCCUAGCGGUCGCCGACUCCUGGUUCGAGGACCUCGCGACCCUCGGCCUAUCUUUCUACAAGCGAGUGAUCGCCGCUAUGAAAGACAAGGAUCUAAGUGCCGAGGUGAUCGAGGGCUCCCUCAUCUCCUACGCAAAGAGGUCGAUUCCGGGGCUCUGGCGUUCGGAUCACUAUCAAACAAACACUAAGACAGCUGCCUCCGCCGCUUCUCAACCAAUGCCAUCGGAGGCGGAGCAAAAGGAACUCCUGGAGACCGUCAUCAGCAACCUUCCAGAUUCGAACAAGAAGAAGAUCAACAAUACCUCCUCCGGGCAGGUCACCACCCGUUUCCUCUUCGGUCUCCUCCGCACGGCGAACAUCCUCCGCGCGUCGGUAGAUUCCCGGAGCGUGCUGGAGCGCAAAAUAGCGUCGCACCUCGAGCACGCAACGCUCGACGACCUACUGAUGCCGAGCUAUUCCUACCUCGUCGAGACGCUCUACGACGUGGACUGCAUCGAGCGGGUCAUCAGCUACUUCCUCGAGGAAAUGGAGGCGACAGCGUUCUGCGAGGAUGAAUCACCCCCUUGUGUUGAUAAGAACAAGAUGUUAAUGGCAGGGAAGCUGGUGGACUCGUUCCUCUCGGAGAUCGCGUCCGACGCAAACCUGAAGCCAGACAAGUUCUGCGAUCUCGCACUGGCGCUGCCGGACCAGGCAAGGGCGUUCGACGACGGGCUCUAUCGCGCUGUCGACGUCUACCUCAAGGCGCAUCCCCGGAUGAGCGACGAGGAGAGGGAGAGAGUGUGCGGGGCCAUGGACUGCCAGAAAUUGACGUUGGAGGCGUGCACGCACGCGGCGCAGAACGAGCGGCUGCCUCUGCGGACGGUGGUGCAGGUGCUCUUCUUCGAGCAGCUGCAGCUGCGGCGGGCGAUCGCCGGCACGCUGAUGGCGACGGCAGCAUCGGAGGACGAGGAGGAAGGGGGAACUCUGGCGUCAGCCACGGAGGAGAAAAGGGAGACGGGGACGUGGAGGAUAUCGUCGGCGAUACGAGAGAACCAGGUACUGAGGUUGGACAUGGACAGCAUGCGGAGCCGGGUGCAGGGGCUGGAGCGCGAGUGCUCCAGUUUGCGGAAGGAGAUUGAGAGGAUGGGCAGAGGACCGGCGGCCAGCAGCAGGGGGAAGCUAGUGCGGCGGCUCGGCUGCAAGUUCGGCACGCAGGUGUGCGUGCCGCACCACGGGACGGUGGCGCGGCCGAGGAAAUCUUGAAGGGCGACAUGAAUUGUGGAAGCAAUUAGCAGAGUCGAGAUUGUUCAGAGUAAAUGGUGAGAAAAUCUUAAAAAGUUGAGUCGAAUUGAUGUAUUAAUCCAUACUUUGAACUUACGAAGAGGAAUUUGUAUGAUCUCACUGAUGCUUUUGGCUGAAGAAGCAUAAUCACAAUCACAA